AUGGGUAUGAGGCCAGCGCAGCUGAGCCUGCUGCUGCUCUGGGUGUCUGCAGCUGGGGCGGAGGUCCUGGUACAGCCUGACUUUGAUUGCAAAAAGUUCUCCGGCCUCUGGUAUGUGGUCUUCAUGGUGUCUGACUGCAAGGUCUUCCUGGAAAAUAAGGACCACCUGCUGAUGUCCACUAGAGAUGUCAAUGCCACCACGAAGGGCGACCUGAAUGUGCACAUUGAGCUCCCCUGGGAGAAUGGCUGCAAUCAGAUGGACGUCCAGUAUCUGAAGGUGGGCUCUGAGGGGCAUUUCAGGGUCCCAGCCCUGGGCUAUCUGGACGUGCGCGUGGCAGACUCUGACUACAGCUCCUUCGCUGUGGUCUACAUCUACAAGGAGCUGCAGGGGGCGCUCAGCACCAUGGUGCAACUCUUCAGCCGCACCCAGGGCGCGACCCUUCGGGCGCUGAGUGCGUUCCAGGACUUCUACCCGACUGUGGAUCUCUUUAAAGACUUCCAAAUUGAAUGCUUGAAUGAACAUCUAUAG